GAACCUUUGUACAAUCAAGCAUGGGCGGCGGGCUCAAGUUCCUCAACCUCAAGGGAUGGCAUCCGUCGAACAAGCAGAACCAAAAGAAGAUUUGGAUUGCCGAGCAACGGCAUAAAGCCAAGGAAGAGUCCGAGAAGGAUGCCGCGCGGGAAGUGCUCAAGGACAACGAAUUGCUGCGGUUCCAACAGGUAGCGGCGACACGAGGAGACGUAGAUGCUAGCCGACGCAUUGACUCGCAAAAAGUGUCGUUUCUAUAUCAACCUCCGCCAGGCCUAAAGAAGGUCGACGACAAGCGCGGAGGAGAUACGGACGAGUUGGAGAACGAAGAUGACGCGGUCAAGGCGUUUCGACUCAAGAUGGAAAAGAAAAACGCUGGCAAGGAUCACCAGUCCUACCAGCGCCCCCUCGAGAAGUUGAUCGGGCGGCGAGCCAACGACCCCGUGACGAUCAAGGAUCAAGUUGAGCGAUUCCCCAUGCUCAAGGACGCCCCCGUCGAAGGCGAGUACACGCAGAACAUCAAAGUGAACUUUCAACCUGUGGGCAUGAAGCUGCGGAACGUCCGGUGUGCGCGGUGUCAAGUAUGGGGCCAUCAAAGCGGCGACCGGGAAUGCGAAAUGCGCGAUCAGAACCCCAAUGAUGCAUUUCGCCAAAACAUCGAAGACCCCAUGUCAUCCAUCAACCAAGUACGUAGGUUCGCAUGAUGAUAGAUGAUGAUGCUUUCUCUCCAUGUAAGUUGUUCCUCAUUGCACCAUCAGAUGCGACAGAGCAACUUGACGUUGAAAAAGUCUGCGAUGCCGUUGGAAAUGGUAUGACAUGACAUUCCCUCGAUCACGUCAUCUAUCAUGUUGAAGUCAUCGUGACAUGUUGCAGCAAUCUCGCGACGCAACAGAGUACGCCAUGGUACCCACGGACGAAGACGAGUCGGACGACCCAGAACGUAAGUACCUUGCGUCCUUGUCCACUAAAGAGAAGAAGCAACUGCUCAAGAAACUCAAGCGCGAGUCCAACGAAGCGUCGUCUCCAAAGGCAUCCAAGAAGCGAAAGCAUCACGAGAACAAGAAGAAAUCGUCGAAAAAGAAGAGCCGCAAACACGACAAGGACGAGUAACGAGGCUAAUGUACUACACACACAAAUCGAUUCGAAUGGACGGGGGAGGCGACCAGAUGCAUCGGGUCUAUCGAGGCCUUGGUGCUGCCAAAUGGAUUCUCGGCAAUGUCGAUGCGCCGACCGGCGGUCUCGAGGACGCGGACAUCGCGC